AAUACCGAAGAAAAAGAGCAACUUUAUCGCUAGGACACACAGAGCGGGUCACUGAGUCAGCUCAGCCCAGCACAGGGGAGAUGGCAAAGCAAGAACCGGACUCCGUCGUCUCUGAUCUCAUCGGCUUCCUAAACGCCGCCCCCACCGCCUUCCACGCCGUCGACGAGGCGAAGAAGCGGCUGCGAAGCGCGGGCUACGAGCAAGUUUCGGAGAGGGAGGAUUGGAAAUUGGAGGCUGGUAAAAAGUAUUUCUUCACCAGGAAUUACUCCACCAUUGUUGCUUUCGCAAUCGGUAAAAAGUAUGUUGCUGGAAACGGAUUUCAUAUAGUUGGUGCUCAUACAGAUAGUCCUUGUCUCAAAUUGAAACCGGUUUCCAAGGUAGCUAAAGGCGGGUACUUGGAAGUGGGUGUCCAAACAUAUGGCGGUGGCUUGUGGCAUACAUGGUUCGACCGUGACUUGACAAUUGCUGGAAGGGUGAUAGUAAGAGAAGAAAAGGAUGGCUCUGUUUCGUAUUUGCAUAAACUUGUUAGAAUUGAGGAGCCCAUAAUGCGAAUCCCUACUUUGGCAAUUCACUUAGACAGGGAUGUUAGAGAUGCAUUCAAGGUGAAUGCGCAGACGCAUCUUCUUCCCGUCUUGGCAACGGCAGUCAAGGCAGAGCUCAAUAAAGUGGUUGCUGAAGAUGGUGAGGCUGAUAAUGGUAUUCUGACUUCUGGAGAGAAAUCUAAUGAGAAAACAACCUCAAAUGCCUUGAAACAUCAUUCACUUCUACUACAGCUACUUGCAGAUCAGCUUGGAUGUGAACCGGAACAUAUCUCUGAUUUUGAAUUGCAAGCGUGUGAUACUCAACCAAGCAUAAUAGCUGGUGCAGCAAAAGAAUUUGUUUUCUCAGGAAGGCUUGAUAAUCUUUGCAUGUCGUUUUGUUCUCUAAAGGCAUUGGUAGACGCAACAUCUUCUGAUAGCAACCUUGAAGAUGAGUCCGGCGUUAGAAUGGUGGCUUUGUUUGAUCAUGAGGAGGUUGGAUCUGAUUCCGCCCAAGGGGCUGGUUCUCCAGCCAUGUUAAAUACUCUUUCACGAAUUACACACUCCUUCACCACAGAUUCUAAGCUGCUCGAGAAAGCUAUUCAGAGGAGCUUUCUUGUAUCUGCUGACAUGGCACAUGCGUUGCAUCCUAAUUAUAUGGACAAACAUGAACAGAAUCACCAGCCCAAGUUGCAUGGCGGACUUGUGAUCAAACACAAUGCAAAUCAACGCUAUGCAACCAAUGCUGUCACUGCAUUAAUAUUCAGGGAGAUAGCAAGGAAUCAUAGCCUUCCUGUCCAGGACUUUGUGGUUCGUAAUGACAUGGCAUGCGGUUCAACCAUCGGUCCCAUUCUUGCAAGUGGAGUGGGAAUACGAACAGUUGAUGUAGGUGCGCCACAGCUGUCAAUGCACAGCAUACGAGAAAUGUGUGCUGUUGAUGAUGUGAAGUAUUCCUACGAGCAUUUCAAAGCCUUUUUCCAGGAGUUCACUCAUCUGGAUGCAAAGAUUAAAGUGGAUGCGUAGGUCUACAGUCCUGCAUUCUCAUCUUCUUCAGAAGCUCGUAUUAGAGGAGUUUGCUAGUUGCUUUUGGAAGUUCGUGCGAAAAGGAGUCUGCUAGUUGCUCUUGUGACGUCUUUGCUCUAAAGAUGGAUGCAAACGUAGUAAUUGAACAAGCACCACCAGGGGUUCUUCUCGUUUUGGAUUCUGGAGGAGCCCCAAUUUCUUUGGUUUUGUGUUCCUGCAUUCCUGUUUCAUUUUAUUUAGCAAUUUCCUCAAAAUUGAUGCUGUUGCGUCGUUCAGUUAAUUGUUCGGGUACGUUAGAGUGGGCAUGUAUCAAAUCCAAAACGAUGACAUGAUGUUAUGUAUUUUAACUUUUUCACAUUUCAAUUAUAUUACUGCUACAGUAGCA